AUGGAGGAGCCUGUUGCGCCAGUCCUGCCAAAGACCAGGAUUCCUGAUUCUUUGAAACACAGUGCAGCACCCAUUUUCGAAGAGGAGGCGUUUUUGUCGCCGGGCACAUUCUCAAGUGCGGAUGAGUAUGCCGCGAAUCCGCGCUUCCUCGAAUUGCAGGAAGAGCUCCGUUGCGUGCUCUUCUCAUCCGUUGCCAGCUUUGACCCAAGCGAAGGCACGUCGACGGUGCCUUCUGAGCACCCGGAAGCACAGGCCAAGUCCCGCCCGACACUUGACUUCACGAGGGUGUCUAUUCCCAAAAUCAGGUUGAUCUUGUAUCUCAAGAAUUGGAUCACCGAGUGUGCGCCGUAUCUGGAUAAAUUCGAUGAGUUACGCCAUUUCGGCGUACACAUUCCGAUCCUGGCGCAACGGUCGCCGGCUUUGUUCUACGCUAUUCUCGCCUUCUCUGCGCGACAGACUGAGCGCAAGGCUUGUCUGGACAAGGCCUACGAUAGCCUAGAGCUCUAUCAAGAAUCGAUCCGGCUCUUGACUCCCUUGCUGCAAGCGAAGGAUCCUAAUGUUCUGGUCACGGUGUGCAUCCUGGCAGUCAUGGAGCUCAUGUCCGUGAGCCCCCGCGACUGGAGGAGGCACGUCGAAGGCUGUGCGGCCCUGUUCGACUCGUUCAACGUACAUGGGCUGUCGGGAGGACAUUUGUCUGCCACAUUCUGGACGUACGCCCGCAUGGAACUCUGCGGUGCGAUCAUCUCCGGAGGCUCCGAGUCCACCGUGUUGCCCUUGGAAAAAUGGGUUCCCGCAGUGCCCGAGAACGCGACCCCCCGGGAGAAAGAGCUCAUGAUUCGCGACAUGUUCUAUCAAGACGGAUGCGCUUCGCCCGACAUGCAUGCCAACUGGGCGGUGUAUCUCUGCGCAAAGACGUGCGAUCUCUCAUGUCGCCAUACGAGAUACGUGGAGUUGGGCGAGCGAAUCGAAGACCCUCGCCCCUUUGCCGAGCAAUGGACCUCGCUGUGGGAAGAGCUGCAAUUCUGGCUUGAAAACCGACCUCCUGCCAUGUUGCCCAUCAAAACUACCGGUAUUGGAGGCGGUCAGAUUUUCCCUGAGAUCCUUUUUGCCCACUGGGCGGCCAUAUCUGGAAAUCAACUUUAUCAUGCUGCUUGCAUCAUGAUGCUUGAUAUGAAACCUCCAGGCAAGAUGUUGCCUUUGGACAAGGCGCAUUACUCGUCUAUCUGGCAUGCCCGUCGAGUCUGCGGCAUCUCAUUGACGAAUCCUCAUUCUGGAAAUCUGAUCAACGCCAUUCAGCCCUUGUAUAUAGCGGGAAGAUUGCUCAGCCAUUACAGUGAGCAUGUAGAGGUGGCCAAGCUCUUCAAAAUUGUAGAAGAGACAACUGGUUGGGGAGCGCUCUGGAGACUGAAAGAUCUGGAGCGGGCGUGGGGUUAUGAACCAGGGGAAAUUCUGGCUGUGAUUUGA